UCGUAAAGUGUGACCAUGUGUUUUAAAUGACGCAAGUUUUUUAUUUUUGCUGAAACAUAAUUGUAAUCGGGAGUCAAUAACACGAUUAUUUACGUUAAAUAUAGCCUAUUGCAUUAUAAUAUUCUAAAUAUAACAUAGAUAUCGUUGCCGGAGUUUGAUAAAUGAUACUUAAGUCAUUAUCAUUCGAUAUUUUGGAGUAUAAAUAUAACAUCAAAAGAAUUGAUCUUCAAUUUAUAAAUUCGUGAUUUGUGUAAUCAGUUGUAUAAUUUGUCCGCAAGAUGUCGCUGAAACGAGUUCUUAUUGUAAAUAAGUCAUUCCCGGUCGCCGGCUUAGAAUUACUGAAAAAUAAAGUUGAAACUGUCGUGCUUCCACACCUGGACUACGAAGCCGACAGCCUGCCAACUAUUAAGAACAACCUGCAAGGAGUUGACGCAAUAAUAUGGAACACCAAACACAAACUUACUGGAGAACUAUUAGCAUUAGCAGGGCCACAACUAAAGGCCGUCUCAACAAUGGCGUCAGGCAUCGACCACAUCGACGUGGCAGAGAUCAAGAAACGUGACAUCCCGCUAGGAAACACUCCACAAGUGCUAGAUGAUGCUGUGGCUGAUAUCACUGUCGGACUCGUCAUUGCGGCAGCAAGGAGGUUCAAGGAAGCGGUUCAGGAGUUAGAGGCAGGUGAAUGGAAGUACGGUGUCCAAUGGAUGGUGGGACAGGACAUUUCUGGCAGCACAGUUGGAAUUGUAGGCUUCGGGGGUAUAGGGCAGGCAGUGCUACGGAGACUGAGGGGAUUCGACGUUGCCAAGUUCUUGUAUAGUGGACGCAGUGACAAGCCUGAAGCAAAAGCCCUAGGAGCGGAACGAGUGCCACUAGACCAGUUGCUAAGGGAGAGUGACUACGUGAUCCUCUCGUGUCCUCUCACGAAGGAGACCAGACAUCUGAUUAACGCAGACUCUCUGAAGACGAUGAAGAAGACCGCUAUAGUCGUCAAUAUUGGAAGAGGAGAGUUAAUAGACCAAGAAGCCCUGUACGAUGCUCUGAAAGAGAAGCAGAUCUUCGCGGCUGGAUUGGAUGUCACUACACCAGAGCCAUUACGGAACGACCAUCCUCUUGUAUCUUUGCCAAACUGCUACAUUUUACCCCACAUGGGUAGCGCGACAGUUGAAACCAGAAAUAAAAUGGCGUCGAUCUCAGCGAAGAACGUGUUACUGGCUCUAGAAGGAAAACCUAUGCUGUUUCCUUGUUGAUGAUUACUAACUUUAUAUUUAUAGUGAAUUAGGCAUCUAUUGUAAUGUAUUAAGAACUAUAUUUGAUUAUCAAUAAACUAUACUUACUUCUUCUCUUUA